AUGUUGUUGUGGGACCGGCAAUACUGCAUCCCCUUGAGAAAGAUACUUUCCGAAGACGACAUCAUCGUCCUUCUCACGCCUGUUGUCGUGCCUCACAACAGACUCGCAGACAACGACAAGGACCCAUUCGAACCAUUGGGCCGUGCCAUUGCUUCGAGGCACCCAUUAGUCCGACACGUCCCGUACACGAAGCGAGGGGGCAUUACCAGUAUUCACUUUGAAUUCAUCAAGAGAGCCAAAGCCAUCAUCUUUGUCAUAUCAGGGGCCCCUGUAGGCGACGAUGUCUCGCAAAUCGACUUGGCCGAUGCUGCCAGGACAAUGGCAGACGAGCGCCCUCAAAUCAUAGUCGCAUGCUGCAACCUACAAGCCUACAACCUGCAUGUUGAUCAUUUUGCCACAAUUGUGCAAAUUCAAGGCUAUUUACCGUCGGAACUCGAGAUGGCCGCGUCGGUGAUUUUUGGGGAUGCUCGACCUUCCAUGGGACACGCGGUUCCCUUGCAGAAUCUUGUCAUUACGCCACAAGUAUGGCCGGUUGAGGUUUGCGGUAUCGACAUGGCACCAAUCCACCAGCUUUGGACAGAAUGUCUUCCGCCCAAAUAUCACCUCCCGCAGUAUGCACUUGUCCUUCUCCUCCAACGAGAUGGCUUUUCCAGGCAUUACGUUGUCCGCGAACCCGAGAAUAAGCAGAUAAUCGGCUUUUGCGCUACAUACACCACGUAUCCCGACGGAGGCCAGGAUAAUCUGCUCGGUUCACUGGCCAUCCUGAUGGUCAAAAACUCGUAUCGAGGGCGUGGGGUUGGGCUUAGUCUUCAUGACCACGCGCUCAAACAGCUGCAGAGGACCCGCGGCGUGAAUAGACUGCAACUCGGCUCAGCCUUUCCGCGCCUUCUUUAUGGUGUUCCCUACGACUCCUUCUCGGUAGACUGGUUUUCGCGUCGGGGUUGGCAGAUGAACGGCGUUCAGCCUGGCCAAGGGCUAGGGGUUUCAGAUUGGCUCCUCAAGUUUGAUGAUAUGCCGGUGAAGACCUUCUCGUCAGCUGGACUGACGUUCAGGCGAUGCGGCAUGGUUGAGUAUCACCAGGUUUUGGACAUCGUGAGCCGAGAUGCGGCCCGCAAGGAUAACAUGGGGUGGUACGACCAGUACUAUACACUGGAUGGCACGCCACACAUAGAGGAUAUCAUCCUUGGCCUAGAAGGCGACACCAUCGUGGUCAUUGCUUUGACCUACACUCCCAACUCUGGGAGUCCAGCAGACAACGACAUCCCAUGGGCGAAGGCCAUUGGGCCCGAUGUUGGGGGGGUGACAUGCAUUUGCAUCACAGGUUCGUGA